AUGCAUUACAUCCAAUACGGUAUCGGCUGUCUUCUUUCCCUGCUCCUGACAGGAGCCAAAGGGCACGAAGACAAACUCUUCACAAGAGGCCCCGCAUUCUCCGCUUAUCCCUACCCUACAUUCUUCAUCGAAUGCCCGGAGAUCGGUGCUUCAGGCUCACGCAUGGAUAUCGCACAUGUAUACGACGGCAGCGGGUAUUUCCCAGAGCUGCGAUGGCCCAUCACCACGCCAGACACCCAGGAAUAUGUUCUGGUUUGCGAAGACCCUGACGAACUUCUGGCCGCUCCAGUUAUCCACGGAAUCUAUUAUGGAAUCCCACCGGUGUUCAUCGGUCUGCACCGUUCCGACUUCAUUGAAGUGGACUCCAGGAACGAUCCUUAUCGUCUCCGCGGUGGGUUCAAGUAUGGGGCAAAUAGUGGAGGAGGGGUCUAUCUGGCGCCACAACCAGCUCGGGGUCAAGGCCCUCACCGAUAUUUCUUUGAGCUCAUUGCGCUUAACCACACUAUUGAUCAAAGUAAACUCAGCCCUAUGGCGACUUUUGACGAGAUUGCGCGACAGAUCGAGGGCAAGAUAAUCGGAUGGGCGCCGAUUAGCGUUCCAUCUGACUAUCUUGAGACCAUUGCGAGGCCAUCAGGUUAA